CGCGUGCGGACUCUCUGUGUGCGUGUGUGUUUGCACUGGAGGAUGUUGGGGGGAUGAGGUGGGCUCUCAGCACCUUCUUCCACGCUGUACCCCAUUGCUCGGGGAGCUUCGACUCGCUUCCCUGCUGGGGAAGCCACUACCCACAUCCAGUUCAAGUUAACCCUCUUCUGUGAAGCUUUCCUGCCGGCUCCACUGACCCGAGGGGCUCCUGAGGUGGUAGCGUGUUUUGUGAGCUGUUCCUGGCAGAGGGUACGGAGGGUAUUGAAGGCUUAGUAAGAGUUCGCCAGUGACCUCUGGGAUACGACAGUGUCUUAUAUACCCGGCGCCAGGCACAGAGUAUGCGUGGAAUAAAUGUGUUCCCUAAACAUAAGGCAACAGUGGAGGAGGAGACCAAAUUUUCUUUCGUCCCCGUGCUCACCCCUCCAGCACGCCCCCAUCAACACCCCGCAGUCAGUCCUAAACACUUUUGACAGUAGUCUUCCUAGUGCCAACUUCAAGCGAGCCACCUUCCUUUUGGCCACAAAGCAGGUUCCAAGCUGAGACCUGUAUCUUGUUCAUCUUGAUAAUCGUGGUACUGUGUAUUUAUUGAACACCUACAUCUCUAAGGCUUAUAAUUCACUGAUUUAUUCAACAAAUGAUUUACUGAGUACAGAUGCUCAGGUACUGGUGUGGGAUCUUGUAUACAUCGGUGAGCAUAACAGAUUUUUGUCCACACAGUUUGGGGGGGGGUGGAAAGGGAAGGUGUGGUGGUGAUAAAUAAUUAGAAAUGAUACAUUAUCUGUUAGUAGAUGUUAAAUAUCUUGAAGGGGAAAACCAGAGUGGGAUUGGAGUGCGGUGCUAAAUAGAGUGAUGGGAAUAGGCAGCCAAGCUGGCAUCUGGGGAUGAGCUUUCGAGACAGAAGGAAAAGAGCAAAGGUCAUAAAACAAGAGUUUACCUGGGAGGUUUGAAUAGUAGGAGGACAUUGGGGCUGGGACAAGAUGGAAGAAGGAAGGAAAGCAGGACAGAGAUGUAUGGAGAGAGGGCAAAUUAUGAAGGGCCUUAUAGACUGUAAUUAGAAUUUUGGAUUUUACUCUGUGGCAAAUGGGGAGCCAUUACAGGGUUUUGAGCAGAGAAAUGACCUAGUGUGACUUCUAUUUUGACAGAAUCGCUCUGGCUGCUGUGUUGGGAAUAGAUGUGGGGAGCAGGGAUGGAAGCAGGAAGACCUUGUCAGGAGACUGUGGAAGGUAGCCGCGCGAGAGAUGAUGGCGACUUGGCCAUGCAGUGGGAGGGGAGAAUCAGGUUGGGUCACCAGGCCGAUUUGAUGUGAGGGCUUACGUAAAGAGUGAGUUCCUGGAUAGAUGGCAUUGCCGUGAAGAUGAAGAAAAGCAAAGCAGAUGGGGAGGGAGAUUUAGUUGUAGAAGUUGUAGGAGUUUAGUUGUAGAAGAGAUUUUAAGUCGAGAGUUUGAUACACAAGUCCGAUGUUAGGAAAGAACAUUCUUGGCUGAGGAUAUAAACUUGGCCGCUGUCAGCCUAUUAUCAGUACUAAAAAUUGAGGGUAGUUGACAUCACCAAAGGAGCACGUGUAGCUACAGAAGAAAACCAAAGACCGAGCCUACGAUGCUCCAGCAUUAGGCAGAUGAAAAUAGGAAAAACUGGUCAAGGAAACCAAGAAGGGGUGGCCAGUGGGGUAGAAGGAAAGCCAGAAGGCAGCAGAGUAAGGAAUUUUCAGGAGGGAGUAGUCAGCUAGAGUGUGCUGUUGGCAGGUCAGUAUGAUGAGGAGGGAGAGUGGACCUUGGAUUCAACAAUGUGGAGUCAUCAGUGAUCUUGAUGAGUGGUUUCGGGGACCUGGUGGUGUCCAAAGCCUGCUUGGAGUAGGUGCAGGAGAAGAAAGGAGAGGAAUUAGAAAGUUAAGAUAACUCAGGGAGUUUGGUUGCAAGGAGGAGCUAGAAACCGGGGGUAUAUAUUGGAGAGAAAGUGGAAUGAAAAAAAUAAAAUUGUUUUAUAUUUGUAAUUGUGAAAUACACAAAAGCUCAUCAUUCUAAACCAAUUCAAGUAUACAGUGUAGUGGGAUUAAGUAUGUUCACCUCAUUAUACAACUGUCACACCGUCCGUCCUUCCAGAAUUCUUCAUGUUGUAAAGCUGGAACUCAGUUGCCAUCAAACACUGACUGCCCAUUUUUCCCUGCCCUACCCACGGUAACCCAUUUCCACUUGCGGAGUCUGUGAAUUUGACUCCUCUAAGAACCUCACGUAAGUGGAAUCGUACAUCAUCUCUCCUUUUGUGGCUGCUUGAUUAUACUCACCAUCGUGUCCUAAGGGUUCAUCCGUGGUAUGGUACAGGUCCGAAUCUCCUUCCUUUUUAAGGCUGAAAACCAUUCCUUUGCAUGGAUAGACCACUGUUUUGUUUUCUUAAGAUGGGAGGAGUAACCACAUUUUGUAGGCUGGCCGGAAUGACUGAUUGGGGUCUCCAUCUCUCCACCCUGGGGUGUCACUCUUUGGGGGAGGGAAGGCGGGGCUCCAGAAUGGCCGAAGAGAAGAAGCUGAAACUCAGCAACACGGUGCUGCCCUCCGAGUCGAUGAAGGUGGUGGCCGAGUCCAUGGGGAUCGCCCAGAUUCAGGAGGAGACCUGCCAGCUGCUGACCGAUGAGGUCAGCUACCGCAUCAAGGAGAUUGCCCAGGAUGCCUUGAAGUUCAUGCACAUGGGGAAGCGGCAGAAACUCACCACCAGUGACAUUGACUACGCGCUGAAGCUAAAGAAUGUCGAGCCACUCUACGGCUUCCACGCUCAGGAGUUCAUUCCUUUCCGUUUCGCCUCUGGCGGGGGCCGGGAGCUUUACUUCUACGAGGAGAAGGAGGUUGAUCUGAGCGACAUCAUCAAUACCCCUCUGCCCCGGGUGCCCCUGGACGUCUGCCUCAAAGCUCAUUGGCUGAGCAUCGAAGGCUGCCAGCCGGCCAUCCCAGAAAAUCCGCCCCCAGCUCCCAAAGAACAGCAGAAGGCUGAGGCCACGGAACCCCUGAAGUCAGCAAAGCCAGGCCAGGAGGAAGAUGGGCCCUUGAAAGGCAAAGGUCAAGGGGCUGCUCCAGCCGACGGCAAAGGGAAAGAGAAGAAGGCGCCACCCCUGCUGGAGGGCGCCCCUUUGCGGCUGAAGCCGCGCAGUAUCCACGAGCUGUCUGUGGAGCAGCAGCUCUACUACAAGGAGAUCACCGAGGCCUGCGUGGGCUCCUGUGAGGCCAAGAGAGCGGAGGCUCUGCAGAGCAUUGCGACAGACCCGGGGCUCUAUCAGAUGCUGCCACGAUUCAGCACCUUCAUCUCGGAGGGGGUCCGUGUGAACGUGGUGCAGAACAAUCUGGCCCUGCUCAUCUACCUGAUGCGCAUGGUGAAGGCGCUGAUGGACAACCCCACGCUGUACCUCGAGAAAUACGUGCACGAGUUGAUUCCGGCUGUGAUGACAUGCAUUGUGAGCAGACAGCUGUGCCUACGGCCAGAUGUGGACAAUCACUGGGCCCUCCGGGACUUUGCUGCCCGCCUCGUGGCCCAGAUCUGCAAGCAUUUCAGCACGACCACUAACAACAUCCAGUCCCGGAUCACCAAGACCUUCACCAAGAGCUGGGUGGACGAGAAGACUCCGUGGACCACGCGUUACGGCUCCAUCGCCGGCCUGGCAGAGCUGGGACACGAUGUGAUUAAGACUCUGAUUCUGCCACGGCUGCAGCAGGAGGGGGAGCGGAUCCGCAGCGUCCUGGACGGCCCUGUGCUGAGCAACAUUGACCGCAUCGGAGCUGACCACGUGCAGAGCCUCCUCCUGAAACACUGUGCCCCUGUGCUGGCAAAGCUGCGCCUGCCACCUGACAAUCAGGAUGCUUAUCGGGCAGAAUUUGGGUCCCUCGGACCCCUCCUCUGCUCCCAUGUUGUCAAGGCCCGGGCCCAGGCCGCCCUCCAGGCUCAGCAGGUCAACAGGACCACUCUGACCAUCACUCAGCCCCGGCCCACGCUGACCCUCUCACAGGCCCCUCAGCCCGGCCCUCGCACCCCUGGCUUGCUGAAGGUCCCAGGCUCCAUCGCACUGCCGGUGCAGACGUUGGUGUCCGCGCGAGCCGCUGCCCCGCCUCAGCCGUCCCCUCCUCCGACCAAGUUUAUUGUAAUGUCGUCCUCCUCCAGCGCCUCGUCCACCCAACAGGUCCUGUCCCUCAGCACUUCAGCCCCUGGCUCAGGCUCCACCACUACCUCUCCCGUCACCACCACAGUCCCCAGCGUGCAGCCCAUCGUCAAGCUGGUCUCCACUGCCACCACCGCACCCCCCAGCACUGCUCCGUCUGGGCCCGGCAGCGUCCAGAAGUACAUCGUGGUCUCUCUCCCCCCUACGGGGGAGGGCAAAGGAGGCCCCGCCUCCCACCCUUCUCCGGCUCCUCCCCCGUCCUCAGCCCCCUCCCCGCUUGGGGGCAGUGCCCUGUGUGGGGGGAAACAGGAAGCUGGGGAUAGCCCCCCUCCGGCUCCAGGGACUCCGAAAGCUAAUGGCUCCCAGCCCCCUGGGUCUGGCUCCCCUCAGCCUGCGCCUUAACGCUGUUGCACAUCUGCCAACUUUCUUCUGUCCUCAACUCUGUCUCUCUCUCUCUCAUGCGCGCGUGCGGGGUCGAAGGAAGUAAUAGUUUGCUUCCUCCGUGU